AUUCGCAGCUAGCAGCUAGCAGCAGCAACUGUAUCAAACAAACAAUUGGUGUGCAGGGACCCAAAAGGAGUCAUGCCCAAUUUCAUUUGAAUCAUUUCAUUUUUGUUACCCCGCCUCUCCAGUGCAGGCUCCACGUUUAUAUACAAGUAGCAGAGAAGAAACAAACGGAAUCAUCCAAGUAUCCAACGCAACGCCUUAAGCAACGGCAGUUUUUUUGUUUUUUUCCCUGGUGACUUGUCGUGUAAUAAGUCCGCCCUACCCGGAGUCGGAGACGGCCGCGAAAGUCCCGCCGGGAACAACGCCGCGUCGUCUUGCCUCACUCGCUCGACCGCAUCAGCUUCGUCAUCUUGCCGUCUCCUUCCUUCCUCUUCCCCAUAGGUCAGGUUCCGGUCCACUACUCCAGUCCAGGUGACCCAACGCUCACGCCAACGCCCCUGCAAAUCAAGCCAGAAAUGGACGGCACACCCACAUCACAGCUUCACUGCCUGCCCCCUCACCUUUCUUUGAUCGCUACCUUUUUGCGCUGUUUUCUUUUUUCAAACACACCUUUUUGCCAUGGCAUUGUUGCUCGCCUCGCUUCCUUCUAGACUAGACCGAUGAGUACUGCACGCACUAGGCGUUUCUCCGUCUGCUUCAAUUCAUGCCUUUCGUCUCCUCUCUUCCAUACCUCAAUCACUGCGUUUUUCCAACCUCACCAUCCAUUCUUCCCUCCUACCUUCCGAGCCAGCCACACUACAUAUGCAUCGCCGUCAUCAGCCCCUGUAAUCCCUUCUUGCUCAUCACCUACAGCCUGCAGGACUGCAGGUUGUAGAAUCCACCCACCGCCACCGCUUGUUGCCGCCGAUUCUGCAGCCUCAUCGUUGAAUCCAUGGACGGCACACCCACAUCACAGCUUCACUGCCUGCCCCCUCACCUUUCUUUGAUCGCUACCUUUUUGCGCUGUUUUCUUUUUUCAAACACACCUUUUUGCCAUGGCAUUGUUGCUCGCCUCGCUUCCUUCUAGACUAGACCGAUGAGUACUGCACGCACUAGGCGUUUCUCCGUCUGCUUCAAUUCAUGCCUUUCGUCUCCUCUCUUCCAUACCUCAAUCACUGCGUUUUUCCAACCUCACCAUCCAUUCUUCCCUCCUACCUUCCGAGCCAGCCACACUACAUAUGCAUCGCCGUCAUCAGCCCCUGUAAUCCCUUCUUGCUCAUCACCUACAGCCUGCAGGACUGCAGGUUGUAGAAUCCACCCACCGCCACCGCUUGUUGCCGCCGAUUCUGCAGCCUCAUCGUUGAAUCCAUGGAUGCCGGCCGGGGCAGCACCAUCUUCCCGAUGCCGCAGAUUCCAGCGCUGCUUUUCCCACCGCCGCCGCCGCCAUUGCCAUCUUCCUACUCCUUUUCCUCUUCCGCCUCGUCCCACCACGCGCCAUCCAUCACCAGCUUCCCCAUCCUCGUGCUCACCGUGCUCGGCAUCCUCACCGCCUCUGUGCUCCUCCUCGCCUACUACGUCUUCAUCAUCCGCUGCUGCCUCAAGUGGCACCGCAGCACCCCCUCCGAUGCUGCCGGCCACAUUGCUCGCCCUCACCGUGGACGGCGCCAGCCUGCCACCUCCGGCACCAGCGGCCUUCCACUCUCCGGCGCCCCACCCGCAGAGGCGCGCGGGCUCGAGCAAGCCAUCAUCCAGGCAUUGCCGGCCUUCAGGUACAGGAAGGCCAUCAAGAAUGCCGCUGCCGCCGCUGAUUCUGCUUCCCCCACGAGCGAGUGCGCGGUGUGCCUCGGUGAAUUCGAGGACGAGGAGAGGGUCAGGAUGCUGCCCGCCUGCCUCCACGUCUUCCACGCCGACUGCAUCGACACCUGGCUCCAGGGCAGCGCCAACUGCCCGCUCUGCAGAGCAGCCAUCACAUGCCACUGCCUGCUUCCACCAUUGGAUUUGCAUCAGCUCCCGCGGCCCGACGAGGUGGCCAUCCAGGUCAUCCCCACCACCGAGCAAGGUGAAGAAGCCACGCGGGCACAGCAGCAGCAGCAAGCCAGCACGGCUAUGGCAUCUUCUGAAUCUGCAGGAGACACCACAACAGAUCAACAAGCCAGCAGUGACAAGAGGAGGAAGAGCAGCAGUAAUGCUUGGCGUGAUAUCGACAUCAGCAGUAAGGCAGAUGAGUCCAUCACGGAGAGGCGGGACAGAGAUGUUCUACCCUUGAGGAGGUCUUUCUCCAUGGGCGAAAUGGCUGGUGGGCACGUUCACCUGCAGAUUCACAACAUUUUGCAGAGGUAUACUCACUUCCAUGGGGAUGACGGUGACAGCAGCUCAAUGUAGUGUGUAGGGCUUUUAGUUUGCUCAAUAUUCUUUGUUGAGGAAUGUGAUACCUUGGGGCACCGUGUGUGUGCAGGUUUUCUUCUUUCAUCAUCUGUUCAUCUGUUAGCAAUAUGCAAGAUAUACAGAAACAAUAUGGUAUGGUUAUAAAGGAUGGUUUUGAAAUGUUUCAUGGUUUAACUCAAGAUGGUGCAUUUUUAUACUAGAGCAUUCAUCACAGAAAUAUGAAUGUCUUCCAACCUGCAUGAGUGCAUGAAAAAAAAAAUGCACGGCCAGUGAAAAUUGUCUUCAGGUUGCAGACACAAGGGAGCACAGAACGGUCACACGAUUUUUUU